GGUGACCCAGCUCAGCGAGGGCACUUGGAGGAAGCUGCUUUCCAACUGCAGCAGAUUUUUCGGAUUGAUAUUUCCAUUGCCUUGAACAUUCUGGGGAUUGAAAGCAUGAGAGCAGGACACUGCAGGGUAGGCUAUACCUGCUUCAAACUGGCAGCAGAUCGAGGCUACAGCAAGGCCCAGUUCAACGUGGGACUGUGCUAUGAGCAUGGCAGAGGCACGGAAAAGGACUUGGAGAAGGCAGCCUUUUAUUACCAGCACGCAGCCAGCAGCUGCCACCCCAUGGCACAGUACCGCUACGGGAGGUACCUCCUGCAGCACAGCUCUGGGAAGGACUGGGACAGCCAUCAGAGGGCUCUGACACUCCUGGAGCAAGCAGCAAUGGCUGGGAUCACAGAGGCACAGGCUUACCUUGGAGUGUUCUACAUGAGGGGGCUGCAACCCCAGGAAAAGAGAGGUCUGAGGUACCUGCUGCUGGCAGCAAACAGUGGUGAUGCCCAGAGCAGGUACCACGUGGGGGUGUGCUAUGAGCAGGGCCUUGGGGUGCAGAGGAACCUGCCAGAAGCACUGAGGCACUACAGGCAGUCAGCAGCUGCUGGGAACAGGCACGCACAGGAGAGGCUGCGGCUCUGGGAGCAGGAGCUGGAAGGUCUCCACGGCACCCAGGUGUCUGCCCUGCCCCUGCCCCACUCCUGGAGCGCAGACAGACUGCACGUGGUGAUGCUGAGCGGCGCAGGAUGGAGCCGUACUGUGGGGCACAGGGCAGUGCCGCUGGGACAGCAGUACUGGGAGCCUCACCACUGCUGGUGUUAG